CUGAAUUUGAUGCAGUAUAAAAGAACAGUGAAUGAGCUGAAGAACAUAUGAGUAAUCAUAUUUGCUGAGUGCUGUAAUGCAAGAGGAGUUGUGCUGGGAUUAUCUUUGAAGUGAUUUCCAGCAGAUUCUGAGUCAUGGGGGAUGAGGAGAUUGCAGCUCUAGUUGUGGAUAAUGGAUCUGGGAUGUGUAAGGCUGGGUUUGCAGGGGAUGAUGCUCCUAGAGCUGUAUUUCCUUCCAUUAUUGGAAGGCCUCGGCACCAGGGAGUGAUGGUUGGAAUGGGUCAGAAAGACAGUUAUGUUGGUGAUGAAGCCCAGAGCAAGAGAGGGAUUCUGACCCUGAAGUAUCCAAUUGAGCAUGGGAUUGUGACCAACUGGGAUGACAUGGAGAAGAUCUGGCAUCACACUUUCUACAAUGAGCUGCGAGUUGCCCCAGAGGAACAUCCUGUCCUCCUCACAGAGGCACCUCUCAAUCCCAAAGCUAAUCGGGAGAAGAUGACUCAGAUUAUGUUUGAGACCUUUAACACACCGGCUAUGCAUAUCUACAUUCAGGCUGUCCUGUCCUUGUAUGCUUCUGGCCGCACUACAGGUAUUGUAAUGGACUCUGGUGAUGGUGUUACUCACACUGUACCUAUUUAUGAGGGAUAUGCCUUGCCCCAUGCCAUUCUGCAACUAGACCUGGCUGGCAGAGACCUGACUGACUACCUGAUAAAGAUUCUGACUGAACGUGGGUACUCAUUCACAACUACAGCUGAAAGGGAGAUUGUCCGUGACAUCAAAGAAAAGUUAUGCUAUAUAGCUCUUGACUUUGAGUCUGAAAUGGUAAUGGCUGCGUCCUCUUCAACUCUAGAGAAAAGCUAUGAGCUACCAGAUGGUCAAGUCAUCACCAUUGGCAAUGAACGUUUCAGAUGUCCAGAGGCUCUCUUCCAACCUUCCUUUCUAGGAAUGGAAACAACUGGAAUCCAUGAGACCACCUUCAACAGCAUUAUGAAAUGUGACAUAGACAUCAGGAAGGAUCUGUAUGCCAAUACAGUCUUGUCUGGUGGAUCCACCAUGUACCCAGGUAUUGCUGAUCGAAUGCAAAAAGAAAUCACAGCCUUGGCUCCAAGCACAAUGAAGAUUAAAAUCAUUGCUCCACCUGAAAGGAAGUAUUCAGUGUGGAUUGGUGGGUCUAUCUUGGCUUCUCUCUCCACCUUCCAACAAAUGUGGAUCACUAAACAGGAAUAUGAUGAAUCAGGGCCAUCAAUAGUUCAUCGAAAGUGUUUUUGAUCUGAGCUUGUUCUGUGUAAUGUGUGAAUGUCUAGGCUGUCGAAGUAGAAUAUUGCCUUAAAAUGCUUUAACUUGCCAUUUUUCUUAAUUAUAUUGUUAAAGGUUUAUUAUAUUAAGAUAGAGGUUCAUAUUCUAAAUGAUAUUCAAGGGAGUUUACUCACUUAAAAUCCAGUGUGUAGACAAAAAGUUGAAUCCAUUUGUUUUUUUUCCCAAAUCUGUUCCUCCUUAUCCUUGUCUACAGUCUUCACCAAUUUCAAUAUUAAAUCAGCUUAAAUUUCAUUCAGGAUUCCUUGAUAUGCAAAAAUAAACUCUCAAUAUAUUUCCCUCCUUUAAGAAUUAAUUAUUAUUUUAAUGAUUAUUCACCCUCUUGAAGCCACCAACAUGUGCUUGAGAGCACAUCUGUCCAUAAUAAGCCAAGAUGCCCGAGUCAAAACUUCUGUUGUGAAUGUAAACAAUGCCGACUCCAAAUUGCGCAUAUAUAUAUAUCCUAUUUAGUGGGCUAAUCUUGCUUUGCAUAAUUCAGGAUAAACUAAAUUAAGCAUUGUAGGUCAUUAUUCAGAGCUUUAAACCCACAACAUGCUGCUGUUCAACACUAUCCCUCCCUCAGGGAUUGCCUAUUGAGAUUCAAUGAGCUUUGGCUGCUGAACAUUGUCAGUGAUCACUGUUUUUUGCACAUCGCCUUCAGGAAGUAAUAAUUUUGAAGAGGAAGUAAUAAAGCAUAGGAUAAAGAAUUACAAAGUACCACAAGUGACCGACUCAAGAGAUUGUAACUCUUAUGACUGAGGGAUUACCACUUAACUAUCUUAGAGAUCUUGUAAUUCUUAUUAUUUGCCUUGGUGCGACUGAUCAGGUGAACUCCUCAAAGAAUAAAUUAGGGGAAACCAAGAACUUUAAACAUGCAGAUUAAAGGACAGUAACUACUAAGUUUUCAAUGUGGAAUGGAAGAUAGAACAUCAUCAAGGUUAUAUGUGUGGAAUACUGGCCUUCCUUUGGUAUCACUACUGAAUGAGGAAAGUUCAAUUUCAGAAUAUUUAACCUUAAGCGAUCUGAAAUGUUAGCUGAAAACUUGAUCUGUAGGUUCCCCAUGUUGUAAUAAAUACCAAAGUCCCAGUCAUAGUCACCACAACCAACAGGUUCAGAAUAUACACCUUAAGUGACUAUUUUGCUAAUGUUGUAAUUCUUCUUCCAAAUGAGAACCCACUUUAACUCCAUUUCUCUCCACAGGUGAGUUUCUCCAGCAUUCUGUGUUGUUUAUGUUUCAUGUACAGUACGACUCUUCUUCAGAAUCCACUAAAAUUUGUCCAAUAAGCUCGUUCUGACCUCCUCUCCAUAUGAAAUCUUGUCAAAGCUCGAUAACCAGGAACUGAAUCCUGCUUUAUAUUCUUUGGCUAUUGUGAAUAAAGUGCUCCAUCUGACUUGUGCGCAAUUAGUGUUGUACUAAGUGGGAUUCUGCUUCUCCUUCUCCCAUUUAACUGUUUGGAGUCAGUGUGUGUAUAGUUUCCCUGUAGUAAAUAAAUCAUAAAUGUAAUGUGAUUACGCUUUU